UGAAGUAGCAGCUAACUGCUAAGGGUGACAGCGUCGCCGCCACUUUUGUAAAAAGCGAUUAAUAUGCACAGUACAGAGCAGGAAGUGACUCUUUUAAUAGAAUGUGCUUUAAACUGUUACAGUUUGUCACUAGCGAUUACGCUCCACGGAAUGUUAGCUAACCACUAGCACACGGCUAAGUUAGCCAAGCUAACUUGGUUAAUUCACCGGUUUCCAACAUUUUGAGGAGUUUCCAACAUUUUGAGGAUUGAUUAACAUUACCUGUUCGUGUCUACAAAUUAGAAGUUACUGCAACCAGUCGCCAUUAUGUUGAUAGACUGUUCGACCCCGACCCACAGAAAGUGCUGCAGGGAGUCAUUGACAUGAAGAACGCUGUCAUAGGAAACAACAAGCAGAAAGCCAACCUGAUUGUCCUCGGAGCUGUACCAAGGUUGCUGUACCUCCUCCAGCAGAGCUCGUCCAGCCUGGAGCUGAGGACAGAGUGUGCUGUGGUGCUGGGCAGCCUCGCCAUGGGAACCGAGAACAACAUCAAGUCUCUGGUGGACUGUCACAUCAUCCCUGCCCUCCUCCAAGGUCUCUUGUCUCCAGAUUUGAUCUUCAUUGAAGCCUGUCUUCGGUGUCUCCGAACGGUCUUCAUCAGUCCAGUCACACCUGUGCAGCUGCUCUAUACAGACCCCACUGUGAUUCCUCAUCUAAUGUCUCUACUGAGCAACUCUCAGAGAACCCAGGAGUACAUCACUCAGAUCUUCUCCCACUGUUGUAAGACUCCAGACCACCAGAUGGUUCUUUUUAACCACGGUGCCAUCCAGAACAUAGCUCCUCUGCUCAUCUCAUCCUCCUAUAAGGUCCGGAUGCAGGCACUAAAGUGUUUCUCUGUCCUGGCCUACGAGAACACUCAGGUCUCCACGACACUGGUGAAUGUGCUGGUGGACGGCGAGCUGCUCUCUCAGGUUUUUGUCAAAAUGAUGCAAAGGGAUCAACCCAUUGAAAUGCAGCUAACAGCAGCCAAAUGUCUAACCUACAUGUGUCGAGCAGGUGCCAUCAGAACAGACGACAGCUGCAUAGUUCUCAAGACGCUGCCGUGCCUCGUGAGGAUGUGCAGUAAAGAGCAUCUCCUGGAGGAAAGAGUAGAGGGUGCUGAGACGCUGGCCUAUCUGAUGGAGCCUGACGUGGAGCUGCAGAGGAUCGCCAGCACCACUGACCACCUGGUGGCCAUGCUGGCCGACUACUUCAAAUACCCCAGCUCCGUGUCAGCCAUCACAGACAUCAAGAGGUUGGAUCAUGACCUGAAACACGCACACGAGUUAAGACAAGCAGCCUUCAAACUUUACGCCUCGCUAGGCUCCAACGAUGAGGACAUCCGCAAAAAGAUCACAGAGACAGAGAACAUGAUGGAUAGGAUAGUCAGCGGCCUAUCAGAAUCAAGCAUAAAAGUUCGUUUGGCGGCCGUAAGGUGUCUUCAUAGUCUUUCACGAUCUGUGCAGCAGCUGAGGACAAGCUUUCAUGAUCACGCUGUUUGGAAACCUCUUAUGAAGCUGUUGCAGAACGCUCCAGACGAAGUCCUGGUUAUGGCUUCAUCCACACUAUGCAAUCUACUGUUGGAGUUCUCACCCAGCAAAGAGCCCAUCCUGGAGUCAGGAGUGAUUGAAUUACUAUGCAGUCUGACUCAGAGUGACAGUCCUGCACUGAGGGUCAAUGGGAUCUGGGCCCUGAUGAACAUGGCGUUCCAGGCAGAUCAGAAGGUGAAGGUGGAGAUAGUUCGGUGUUUGGGCACAGAGCAGUUGUUCCGCCUGCUGUCCGACCCUGACGCCAACGUCUUGAUGAAGACGCUCGGUUUGCUGCGUAAUCUGCUGUCGACUCGCCCGCACAUUGACCAGAUCAUGAGCUCCCAUGGGAAGCAGAUUAUGCAGGCGGUGACCCUCAUCCUGGAGGCCGAGCACAGCGUAGAUGUCAAAGAGCAGACGCUGUGCAUCCUAGCCAACAUCGCCGAUGGCAACACAGCCAAGGAGCUCAUCAUGACCAAUGACGACAUGCUCCAGAAAAUCAAAUACUAUAUGGGGCACUCAAAUGUGAAGCUGCAGCUUGCUGCCACCUUUUGCAUCUCAAACCUCAUCUGGAACGAGGAGGACGGUUCUCAGGAGCGUCAGGACAAGCUGAGGGAGAUGGGCUUUGUGGACGUCCUGCACAAACUGACCCAAGCCUCUGACCCCAACCUCAGUGACAGGGCGAAGACGGCGAUGCAGCAGUACCUGGCGUGACUACAGUGGGCAGCUAUCCUCAACUGCCAGCUGGACUAACAGUCGUCAGGAGCUCGUCUGCCUUCAGAUGUUCUGUUUCUGGUUUUUGUUUUCAUCUUGAGGCUCAUUUCGUUGCACAAAGACACCUUUUGUUUGGACCUGUGGCAGACCUCCCUUCACCUCCCUCUGCCACCUACACCUUUGAAACUCACCUGAAUCUGUGGUAGUUGGGAAAAUCAGCGGUUAGGAGGCUUCUUUCACUUGCUUUUUUCUUCUUCUUGAAGUGAAUCCUUUUGGGAUGUUUUGAUUUGAGAUUUAGAAUCUUUUUUUUUUUGUUGUUUGUUUGUUUUUGAAGUGCAGACGCCUGACACCAGCACCACUUUGGUGCUCUUGGACUUUUGAAUUCUGUUUUCAGAGAACCUACUACAGGAGCACGGCUGUUGGACAGCAAAGCUUCCCAGUUGUAUUUUUUGUUUUUUAAUUCUUAAUUAAUAUUACUAUUAAUAUUAAAUGUUACCUUAAGGCGUUGCAAACAAGGACACAUUUGGAGAAAAAAAGACAAAGACUGCCUAUUUUAAAAUUUUGGGUGUUUUCUUUUUUCUUUUUUUGUGGAUACAUACCUCGUAAAUAUAUAAAUAUAUAUAAAUAUGAACAUAAAUAUAUAUAUUUUUGGAUUUUUAUUUUCCCCCUCAGCCUCAUGUUUUUUUUCCAUUCAUUCCCUCUGAGCCACGACAUCAGUCUCCUCUGAUCAUGGUCUGUGGAGGUGAUAGCUCUGUCCAGCGUCCUUAUAAUCCCAAUGGGAAAUGGAGUUUGAUGGCGCUUCCUGUGACCUGCCCCGUUAUUAAUUAACACGGCAUGUGUAACACAGAAAACAAAGAGAUAGAGGAUGCAUGUAUCCCCACACCUCUGUUCAUUCUCUGCAGCCCACCCUUCUGUGUGUGUGAUUUAAAUCCCAGAGCUCCUGAGUUUCCAAACAAAUGAUGGAAGGAGAAAAAAAAAGGAGGAACAAUCUGAGAUGGGACCCGUGGAAGAUGAGGCACUUCAGUGCAUCUACAGCAGCAGAAUCCAGUGCUCCAUUGUUAUCUCACCUCUGUUAUAUAAUUUCUUUUCCCACCAUGAGUGUUCUUCCCUGGCAUUUCAAACCGUAUUGAAGCUCUGAUAGAAUGAAUGUUACCAUUGAAAAUAUAUGCAGACCUGAAGAAGGA